AUGGCGUACCCUCCCCCUCCAGGCAUCAGCAACAGCUCUCUCCCACCGAGACCACCCGCUUCCAAGUCAGGCUUCAAGCCCGCGUUCUCCUCUGCAUCUCAGGCUGCUUCGAAGCCAGCGUACUCGAGCGCCCCUCCGACGUACUCCGGCUCUUCGAGUUAUCCAGCUGCCAGCGCUCCAUCCGCAGCACAAUAUGGCCCAUCAUACUCCUCCUACCCGACUACCGCUCCCGGCGCGGUGAGCUCGGGUGCUCCUUACUCGUAUGCUCAACAACCACAGAGCUACGGACCUCAAAGUUACGGCGCACAAAGUUAUGGGCCUCAGAGCUACGAACCGCAAAGUUAUGGCGCUGGUCCACAGAUCAGAAACCCCUUCCCCACGCCGGGCACAGCUGCUGCUACUGCACCCGAAUACAACCCCGAGAUGGCUGCCCAAAUAGCUCAAUGGCAGAGCGCCUACUCGAGUGCUCCGACAGACGGCAAGGACAAACCGGCAGGCCCUGUCGCACCCCGAACCGAUGUCACAACUUCUACGGCUGCUGGGGCCGCCGCUGCGAAUGAAGAGCGCAAAAAAACAGUUGUUCGUGAAGGCGGCGGUAAGAAGUGGACAGACGACAGUCUUCUCGAAUGGGAUCCCUCUCAUCUGCGUCUCUUCGUGGGCAAUCUUGCGGGCGAAACUACAGACGAUGCCCUCCUGAAGGCGUUUUCACGCUGGCAGUCCGUGCAAAAGGCCCGUGUCAUCCGCGACAAGCGCACAUCCAAAUCCAAGGGUUACGGCUUCGUCAGCUUCAGCGACGCCGACGACUUCUUCCAGGCUGCCAAGGAGAUGAACGGCAAAUACAUCCAGAGUCACCCCGUCGUGGUUCGCAAAGCCAAUACCGAAAUCAAGGUGGCCAACGCCAAGGAUAAGGACAGGGGAAGAAAAAACAAGAACAAGAAGGGCGGCCAUGGCGGUGGAAAUGGAGGAAGUGCUGGAUAUGAACCCAACCUUGGACCUACGGGCGCAAGUGGUGUGGUAAAGCCAGGACAAAAGACCAAGAACGGUCUCCGUCUGCUUGGUUAA